UAACGGUUUUGUCUUUCCCGACUGGAAUUAAUGUGGGUUAUGUUAUUGGUAUUUUGGGCUUGCUUUUUUAUCGAUUUUGUUAUUUUCUUUUGGAUCAAACUAAAGCAAAUACCAUAAGAUGCAUCCUCAACAUGCAGUUAAGAUUACAUUAGGGAAUCUACGUGUUGGUGAUAGUAAAAGUGGCGGCAGUUGUAAGUUGUAACCAUGCUCAUGUGGUAUUGUGAUUGCAAUGCAAGUUUUGUGGGAUGCUAUUGAUAAGUUCAACGAGAAUAAUAUACUUUGAGAGAGUGAUUUUGUAGUAGACCAGCUGAAUUUUGCAUGUCCAUUGACUGAUUGACUCCACGAUUCAGUUUUAUUGAUUGAUGCAUCUUUGAAAUUGCUAGUUUAUUUUAUGAUUUCAUUGACAAUUAAUUAAUCUUUUGUACGAUUUGUCGAUUAUCAUAAGAUACUAAAAUUGAUUUUACUACAACUUCCAUAAGCAUAUAUCCCACACAAAAAAAACACAUUCUUUUCAUUCUGUUACGAUAUACUUCCUCUAUUUUCAAAAAUAAGAUUUUAGACAUUUUAUAUUUUAAUGUAUUUUGUAUACUUGUAAGAAGCAUUGAUUAAGAAAAUUUAAAUUGAUAAAAUAUCAUUGUUUGAUAGUAAUUAGAAGUUAAGUAAAUAAUAAAUUCAGAUGUAAACAUUAAUUUUAUUCUUAAUAUGCGUGAAUAUUCAAAUUGAUAUAUCUUUUUAUGUUUCCUAUGACAAAUUGUAAACUUCAAAAACAAAAUUGAGUUUUUAAAUUACUGUUGAUUAACAAUUAUGGAAAAUUAAUAAUUGUAUAAAAUGAUGCACUUAUAUAAUGAUUUAAUGUGUUUUAAUAUGUGUGAAACUUUAAAGAACGGUGGUAUUAUUUAGUUAUAAUAUACGUGAUGAAAUAGUGUCAUGUAUAAAAAUGAGCUUUCUUCAAAUUGAUAUUCAUUUUCGAAGCGGAUAUUUAACCUCUUCACUAAAGACAUUUUAUCGAUAAAUAUAUAUUAACUAAUUUUUACUUGGAUAAUAUAACAAAAAUUUUUUUUUUGAGAAGUUUAUAUUGUCAAUGGAAACAAAAUUAGGAUAAAUUUUUUCUAAUCACGGGGCGUAAUUGUUAUUUUCCAUACUUAUAGUGCUAAACCAUAAAAAACAUAAAGUAUACGCGCCUUUCAAUCUCUAGCUGUCUCUUUCCAUUUUUCUCAUUGGCCAAGGGAAACAAAUCUUUACUAUUUAGUAAAGAUAGAUAAGAUUAUAGCAUUUCCCUCCCUUAAAUAAGUCAAAUUUGAUUUCUUUUUUCUUGCUUGAAUUUGGAAAAUUUUGAUAUUUCCAAAGCAAUAAAUCUACCGUUUCGCUUCCUCCUUGCUCACUAAACAAGAACAAUAUCUCCACAAAAUAAACUCCUCCAUCCUUAACUAUCUCUCUCUGUGCACCCUUCAAAGUUUAAAACCCUACUCAACGCCUCCUUUGUUUGUAACGCUGAUGAAGAUGACCAUCAUCGUGAAUGUUUUGUUUUGUUUCCUUUGUGCCAUCGCCUUGGUGUCCGCGCAACCAAGUCCUGAUCUAGCCACCAUGAACGCUCUAAGAGACUCCCUCAAGUUUCCGAAAGACUUCUCCUGGACCGGACCGGAUCCUUGUAAGUGGAGCGGUGUACAGUGCGACAGAAGCAACCGAAUCACUCGGAUACAGAUCGGUAAUAAAGGAAUGUCUGGAACGUUAACUUCUGAUCUCAACACCCUCUCGUCUUUAACUGUUUUCGAAGUCAUGGGCAACAAGUUAACCGGAGGGAUACCUAGUCUCGCUGGUUUAAACGCGUUGCAGACGAUCAACGCUCAUGACAAUAGCUUCACUUCGAUCUCUGCUGAUAUCUUCACGGGUUUGACGUCUCUUCAACAUGUGUACCUUGACAGUAACCCGUUUAGUCCUUGGGAGAUUCCUAUGAGUCUGAAGAGUGCAACUUCUCUAGCAGACUUCUCUGCCUCUAACUGUUUUCUUUCCGGGAAGAUUCCGAAUUUCCUCGGCGGACAAACGUUCCCUAGCUUGCAGAAGCUGCGCCUGUCUUCCAACUCGCUCUCCGGUGAACUUCCCUUGAGUUUUGCUAACUCACCUGUUCAAACUCUGUUGCUCAACGGGCAAACCCCGCAAAAGCUCAACGGGUCAAUCUCAGUUCUACAGAACAUGACUUCUUUAACCGAGGUGUCCCUGCAAGGAAACGCCUUCUCAGGUCCAUUACCGGACAUGUCUGGUCUUGUCUCUCUGACAAAGUUCAACGUCAGGGAGAAUCAGCUCACCGGUUUGGUUCCAUCUUCUUUCACCGAGUUGCAAUCUCUUGCUGUGGUGAAUAUGACUAACAAUCUUUUUCAAGGAUCAACACCAACCUUCAAGGCUAAAAACAUUGCGGUUGAUAUAACUCCAAGGCUCAACAGUUUCUGUUCAGAUUCUCCAGGUGUGCCUUGUGAUCCACGCGUCAACACCUUGCUUGCUAUCGUUGAAGCGUUUGGUUACCCUGUGAGAUUCGCGCAGAGCUGGAAAGGAAACGAUCCUUGUAGUAGUAAAAACGUGUGGGUGGGGAUAACUUGCACCGGAGCUGAUAUCACGGUUAUCAACUUCAAAGGGAUGGGUCUCAAGGGAACUAUCUCUCCACGCUUUGCGGAUCUUACUUCUGUCAGGGUUAUCAAUCUCUCUCAGAACAAUCUCACCGGUGUUAUUCCACAGGAAAUCACUAAGUUGACUAGCUUGGCAACUCUAGAUGUUUCCAACAAUCAGUUGUAUGGUAAGGUACCUGUGUUUGGUCCUAAUGUCUUGAUCACUACUGGGAACCCUGACCUAGGAAAAGAUGAUCCUGGACAUGCUUCUGGUUCUUCCGGAAGUAAUGCUGGGACAGUUGUGGGUUAUGUUUUUGGAGUUGUGUUGGGUUUGCUUCUUAUCGGUUUGAUUAUUUUCUUAGUGGUCAAGAAAAGGAAGCAAAAUCGUAAGAAGUAUCAACAACAACAUUCUGGUGAAGAAGAUGCACUCAAGAUCACAAUAGAUAAUCUAUGUGCUGGUGGAAGUGAAAGUGGUAGCAACGGUCUUUUAGUGGAACCUGAGAACCCUGUGAUGUCAAUACAGGUACUGAGGGUUGCUACAGAUAAUUUCGACGAGAAGAAUAUACUUGGGAGAGGUGGCUUUGGAAUAGUUUACAAGGGUGAAUUGCCAUCUGGGAAGACCGUUGCGGUGAAGAGAAUGGAAUCUUCGGUUAUAAGUGGAAAGGGUUUGGAUGAGUUUAAGUCAGAGAUUGCUGUUCUAACCAAAGUCCGUCAUCGGAAUCUAGUGAAAGUUGAAGGUUAUUGCUUAGAGUCCAACGAGAGACUUCUGGUUUAUGAGUACAUGCCGCUAGGAACAUUGAGUAGUCAUCUUUUUAACUGGCAGGAAGAAGGAUUACAACCUCUAGAGUGGUCUAGACGUUUGAUUAUUGCAUCGGAUGUGGCUAAAGGAGUAGAGUAUUUGCAUAGUCAAGCGCAUCAAAGUUUCAUACAUAGAGAUCUCAAGCCAUCCAACAUUCUUCUCGGGGAUGAUAUGCGUGCCAGAGUUGCUGACUUUGGUUUAGUCCGGCUUGCGCCAGAAGGCACACAAUCGAUUGAGACCAAAAUUGCUGGGACUUUUGGUUAUCUUGCACCAGAGUAUGCAGUGACCGGAAGAGUUACAACAAAGGUCGAUGUUUACAGUUUUGGAGUCAUUCUCAUGGAGCUACUAACCGGUAGAAAAGCUCUUGACGUGAAAAGAUCUGAGGAAGAUGUGCACCUUGUCACAUGGUUUAGGAGAAUGUUCAUCAACAAAGACUCAUUCCCAAAGGCCAUUGACGCAUCAAUUGACAUCAACGAAGAGACACUCCCAAGCAUCAAUAAAGUAGCUGAGCUUGCCUGUCAUUGCUCUGCCAGGGAACCACAUCAGAGACCAGACAUGAGUCAUGUGGUUAGAGUGUUGGCCUCACUCCUUGACCAGUGGAAACCAGAUGAAGAUAUCUCUGGAAACGACUAUGAUGCACCUCCUCCUCCUCUUUUGGAGAUGAUACAGGGAACUGGCAAUGAUUCAUCUUUCUUUGGAGAUAAUUCUUUGACGAGUAUACCUUCGCGACCUCGCCAGAUUGACAACACAUUCAACACAGGACAAGGGAGGUAAGUGUGUUAGAGAAUUCGAUGAAGGAAAAAUUAAUGUUUUGUUGCUGGAUGAGAUCUUGUUUUAGGGUUGGGGAUUGUGAAUAUCUCUCUUUGGUACCUUGAUUCUCAAGUUAGGUUUCCUUUUUGCGGGAAUGAAACCCGUGUGCUUAAAUGAACGUGUCAUGGUCUACUACAAUUAUAUCUUGCACAUCCUAUACAUUUAGAUCAUUUUAGAGUGAGCAUUGCCCCCAUUGACUCCAGAAUUCAGUUUUAUUGAUUGAUGUAUUAUUUGACAAAUAACUGUUAUUCCGAUUUUAUGAUGUGAUCUUUAUUUACUUGUACGAUUCUUUAGACGUUAUAUACAUUAAUUGCCAGAAUUACAAACUAAGAACUCAAGAUAUGCAAAAUCAAGCCCUUUUUCAAAAAAAAAAGAAAAAGAAAUGCAAAAUCAUAAACCAGA